AUGCUUACCCGAGUGGUCUUUCUUCUUGGUCUCGCGUUGCUGGCCUACGCUUGCAAGUCGAACGGUGCUUGUGGUUGCUGUGGAUGCAGAGCGAAGGCGAAAGCGCGUGCAGCCAACCAUAACCAUUUGAACGGUGACACAUUGGAUGCCCGUGACGAUGGCAAUAUUUUUGGCCUUCAAAUCUGGAACAAAACCGAUCUGAACGUAAACAGAGAGAACAUAGCAAGAUACACAAAUCCGAACUUCUUGUUCCACAGCUGUUGCGAAGAAAGACGUCUGCCACCGGCGUGUGUACAACGAUGUCACUUCAACACUUACGAAAAGGAAGUGCUGGAGUCGAUGUUUGUUGGCACGGAUGAAUGCCCAAUCGAUUUCCUCCCUGAAAUGCAGUUCUGUGCUGCACAGGGUAUGGAUCAUCGCAAGUGUUGUGCCGCCUCCGGUGUCGCUAACACUGCCGCCGGCAACAAAUGCUUGACCUUCUGCGACCAGAGGCCCGACGUCUACACUCCCAUCAACUAUAGCUACGCUCCAUGUUACGAUAGGUUUGAAAACAUGAAGCGAUGUUUCUAUAGCGAAGUGAGGAUGUCAGCGGAGAAGCAUUUCACGCCGAUGAUGAAGAAGCACCCGAGGUCUUGA